AUGUGGAACCUCAACGUCGGACGCGUAAUUCUCGCUCUUCUCACGACGGCGACAGCCGCGGCCGCGGUGACGGUGACGGUCAGCGCUACUGCGAGCCAUGCUAUCCCUACUACAUUGUGGGGUCAAAUGUACGAAGAUAUCAGUUUUAGUGGAGAUGGAGGGUUGUACGCUGAACUCCUCCGUAACCGCGCCUUCCAGAGGGUUACUCCAGGAACCGUCGCCUCCCUCGUCGGCUGGCAAGCAGUUAAUGGCGCCUCCAUUGCCGUCGUCGCCGAAUCCGAACCCGUCUCAAAUGCCUUACCCAACGCGCUCCGUCUCACGGUCCCAGCUGGAAGUACUGCGCAGGUGGGGGUGGCGAACACAGGGUAUUUCGGCAUCAAAGUGACCGCAGACACGACAUACAAAGCUUCCUUCCACUACCGCUUCCCCUCGUCCACCUCUUCGGGCUCGCUCAGCGCGACACUCUCCCUCCAGUCCACUGCUGGCCGCGUCUUCGGCUCCACCUCUGUCUCCCUCUCUCGUUCCACCUCCUGGGCGCGCGUGGCAGCGGAUCUCACCGCCACGGAGAGCGCGGGAGACACGAGUAAUUUGUUCGUGAUCAGUGUAGAUGGCGCGGAGGCGGCUGGGGAGACGGUCAGUCUGGCGAUGCUCUCGCUGUUCCCGCCGACGUUUAGGGGAAGGGAGAAUGGACUGAGGAUUGAUUUGGCUGAGGCGCUGGAAGAGAUGGGCCCUGCAUUCUUCCGCUUCCCUGGGGGCAACAACCUCGAGGGCCAGACGGUCGACAGACGGUGGCAGUGGAAUGCGACGGUUGGACCUUUGGUAGACAGGCCUGGCCGUCAGGGAGACUGGAGCUACAUUAACACCGACGGCCUCGGUCUCCUCGAAUAUCUCGAAUGGUGCGAGGACCUGAACAUGAUUCCGAUCAUGGGAAUCUGGGCAGGAUACGCCCUGGGCGGAACGAGUGUCCCACAGAGCCAACUUGGGCCGUACAUUCAGCAAGCGGCGGACCAGAUCAACUUCGUUAUUGGGGACCCGGCGACGAGCGAGGCUGCUGCGCUGAGAGCGAGGCUAGGCAGGCCUGAGCCGUUCGCGCUCGAGUAUGUCGAAGUUGGGAAUGAGGACUUCAUCGGCUCCGCCCCCGGCACGUACACAUACCGCUGGCGCGACAUUGUGACAGCACUACAGGCUCAAUUUCCUGACAUCCACUUCAUCGCCAGCACCAUCCCCUGGAACCCCGUCCUCACUCCCGUCCCAACGCAUUACGACGUGCACGUUUACCAGACACCCACCUGGUUUGCCCAGAACUCUUUCUUCUACGACGACUUCCAGCGUAACGGGACGCUCUACUUCGAGGGCGAAUAUGCAGCGAUCUCGACCAACCCGAACAACAUCUUCGGGUCGCCUGCGCAAGGGCGGCUGGUCUACCCGACUAUGCAGAGUGCUGCUGGCGAGGCUGCUUUCAUGACUGGGUUGGAAAGGAACAGUGAUAUCGUGUUCGCUGCGGCGUAUGCCCCUCUUAUUGGCCAUGCGACGAAUAACCAGUGGACACCGAAUCUCCUCGCCUUCGACGCCGGCCAAGUCUACAAAUCGACGAGUUUCUACGUUCAAAAGUUCUUCAGUCAUAACCGCGGUGAUGAAUACAUCCCCAGCACCCUGCCUGCAAGGACCGGGACCCUCUACUGGAGUGUCGUCCGAAAAACCUCAACCAGCGAAAUCAUCAUCAAGGUGAUUAACACAGCUGCAACCGUCGCCCCGGUGACCUUCGAGCUGCCCUUCGCCAACGUCGCCUCGACCGGAACCGCUGAGGUCCUGACGGGAGGCGGCACGACGAGCAACACGCCGAGCAGCCCGAAUGCCAUCGUCCCCGUCACGAGCACGAUCGCAACUGGGCAGACGUUCGACUAUAACGCUCCGCCUGUUAGUGUUAGCGUUCUCACUUUCGUUGCGCCGUGA